AUGGAGCAUCACGACCAGAAGAUCAAUCUCUACAAUCGUCUCGUGAUUGCAUUUGUGGCCCUUGGCGGCACGACAUAUGGCCAGUACUUCAACCUCCCCGCGGCAGGCGAGGACGGGUACGCGAGCAUCACGACACCAGCCAUUGCGACGGCCAAUGGCCUCUUCUCCGCAGGGGGCGCCGUCGCGUCCCUGAUUGUCAUGUGGGCGUCUGACUACUUUGGCCGCGUGCGCUCCAUCCAGAUCGCCUGUGUCCUGGGCGUGCUGGGCGGCGCACUGCAGAGUACCGCGCAGAAUCUCGACAUGUUCCAGGCCGGACGCUUCAUCAUGGGCAUGUGCGUCGGGGCCAUGUCCUGCGUCGUGCCCAUGUAUCUGUCCGAGAUGUCCUCUCCUCGCUUCCGAGGCUGGCUCGUCGGCCAUCACGCCAUCUUUCUCGUCUUUGGCUACAUGCUGAGCUCGUGGACUGGAUUCAGCAUCUUCUUCGCGAGCAACCUCGAGCUGGGAUGGCGUCUGCCCCUCGCGAUCCAGUGCGUGCCGCCCCUGAUCCUCCUCGCCGGUAGCCCCAAGGUCCCCCGCUCGGCCCGAUGGCUGGUCUCGCAGGGCCUCAAGGAGGAGGCGUGGGUGGUGCUGCAGAGGCCGCGCCAAUCGCCCGACGACCCCGAGGACCUGUUUGCCAAUGAGGAGCUGUACCAGAUCCAAGAACAGCUGCGACUCGAUGCCGACAAGCUGGCCGUCUAUGGCAGUCCAUGGAAGGCUGUUGUCCAGAAAUCUAGCUACCGCAAGAGGAUGAUCAUUGGGUUCCUUACGCAGUGGGGUGCCGAGUUUGGUGGCCCGCUCAACAACUAUGCAGUCCUGCUCUACACCGGCCUCGGUCAGACGGGGUACAUGCCACUGCUUUUCUCCGCUCUGUGGCUCACGACAGCAGGUGUCAUCUACAACCCCCUGGGCGCUUGGCUUCACGACAAAGUCAAUUCGCGCCAUCUCAUGUACAUCAUUGGCUUCUGCGGCAUUGUCGUGACCACGUCCGUCAUGUCAGCCAUGAUUGCGCGGUUCGGAGGCACCGACAACAAAGCUGGCAACGCCGUCGGUGUGCUGUUCAUGUUCUUGUACCUGGCGUUCCAGGGCACGUUCUGCAACACGACCAUGUACCUCUAUACCAGCGAGAUCUUCCCCACCGGGAUCAGGUCCAUCGGCAUCGGAUUCUCUCUAUUUGGCCAGUACGCAUCAACCAUCAUCUUGCUGCAGACGGCGCCCAUUGCCUUUGACGCGGUCGGCUGGAGGUUCUUCCUGGUGAUCAUCUGCUGGAGCGUCGUCUUCAUCCCCGUCAUCUACUUCUUCUGGCCCGAGACGGCGCGCCUGACGCUGGAGGAAAUUGGCCAGCAGUUUGGCGACGAGGUGGCCGUGCAGCUGACCAACCUCAGGGACGAGGAGAAGACGGAGCUGGACCAGAAGAUUCUCGGCUAG